AUGCUGCGGUAUUCGAAGAUCCAAUUGAAGCCUGCCAGCGAAGAAGGGCGGUCUAAGCAGUCAACUCUGGCCAUACUCCGUACUUGUACAUUAUUUGAGUGACGGGAUGACUGUGCUGGUUGUUUAGAUAAAGGUGGGGAGAGAGAUGUGGCGGAGACCCGAAUAGGAAGCAAGACCAGACCGGGCGGGCGGCUUGAGGGAAAAUUCCGCCCCUCCGCACCUGCUCAACUGCUUCCCCGCAGCGAUCUUCCCUGCUUGUUCCAUCUUCCCCAUCCUCCUCCUUUUCCUCUAUCAAUCCGGCUGAUUCGCUCUGAAUGUGUGUUUGUUACUCCAUCUGACGUGGUUAGCGUCUUUCUAGUCAACCGAGGCGUGAUCUCGAAUCGGACGUUUUUGAUUUAACGACACCUAGUCCGUAGUUCUGGCCCCGAUCCUGUCCUGUCGCCGGGAGUUGGCCCUCCCCCGCACGCGCAAUGCUUGAGCCAGACGGAGAAGAAGAUGAUUACAUGUCCAUGGUGAUUGAGGAACCACAGCAAAAGGAAACCUUUACACAAAAGAAGCGUCGACAACAACGUGAAGCUGAAGCGCGCGCCAAAGUACCUUCGAAAGCCGAACGCGCCGCAGACGAGGCAGCCCGUCGCGAUGCAGCCCUUGCUACUAGUGCACUGAAUCCUUCUAAUAAAGGCUUCCAGAUGAUGGCCAAAUUGGGCUUCAAACCUGGACAGAGCUUAGGAAAGCCUGUAUCGUCCCAGAAAACGGAUUUGGAUGAUCCCAAGAUUGGACUCCAAACUGAGCCCCUUAAUCUAGUGAUCAAAGAGGAUAGAGGCGGAAUUGGGCUAGAUAGUGAACGGAAGCGCAAAUUCCUUGAAGAAGCUGGGCAUAUUGCCAAGAAAGUGAAAGAGGAUGAGGGUGAAUAUCGCGAUCGGGUACGGCUUGAGCGGGAGACGCGCCGGAUAGAGGCGCAGGUGCAUGCUGCGCAAAAGGUUGCUGAGCGUUUGGAUGUCGAGACGGAGACAGCUGAGGAGUCUCCCUCCAGCGCAACAAAAGGGAUGUCGCCCAGCACACAGACUGUUGAUGGGGAAAGGGAUGGAUCACCGUGGGAUGACACGCUCAACCAGCCUGUAACAAGAAAAUCCAAGAUUAGAGUCAAGCCCACUACUCAGAUCAAUGUUCUCUAUCGCGGGCUGAUUCGUGAACGUGAGGAAAAAGAACGCGAUCUUCAGGCGCGUCAUAUGCUUCAGACAUCACUCCCAUCGUCAUUUUUCCCCAACCCACGCUUACCGGGCCACAAUGAUUCGACACUGGAUCGAGACGAGGAAGCCGUCGGGGGGCAACGAGAACUAUCAAUGGUUCUCGAACAAGAACUUGAAGAAGAGGAUCCCGAGCUGGAUGAUUUCAAUGCGCUCAGUCCAAGCGAACAGCUGUCUCGACUAGUACACUAUUUACGCGACCAACAUCACUACUGUUUCUGGUGCAAGUAUCGAUACGAAAAUGCCAAAAUGGAAGGAUGUCCCGGAGUGAUAGAAGAGGACCACGAUUAAUGACAGAGAACUAAGCUAUACAUAAAGGAUAUAUCAAUGUCCUUGCCCUGU